AUGAACGAAUAAUAAUUGACGAGAAAUUAGAUCCAGGCAAUUCUUGAAUCUCAGACAAGGAAAGUCGAUGAAAGUAAGCGCAAAAGGACGGUCUGUGUUCAUUGGCUCAGUAAUUAGUGCAAAAAGGACGAAAGAUGCGAGUUUCUUCAUGUAUUCUAGGAAGACAAGAUUCCCCCUUGUAGAUAUUAUUUGCAAGAAGGUGAUUGCUCUAAAGGAGAUAAGUGUGUGUUUAGGCAUGUUAAUGCUUAGGAGAAAAGAACUGAGGAUUGUCCAUACUAUGAGAGAGGCUUCUGCAGACUUGGAAUAUUUUGUAGUCUGAAUCAUUACUAAAAGAAAAUAUGCUAAAAUUAUAUGUAUGGAUUUUGCCCGAAAGGACCAGACUGCGAUCUUGAGCACAUCAAAUCAGUGAUUGCAGAUAAUGAGACCACACUAAAGAUUCUUGCUAAUUUCCCUGAUAAUGAGAAUUGGUUUGAUAAGAACGCGCUUUCACAAUCACAUCAGCAAUAGUAGCAAUAACCUUGGCAAAAGGCGAUGGUAAAAGUAAGAUGCCACAGAUGUGGCAGUGUGGGCCAUAAAAGUACUUACUGCUAAGAGGAACAAAUCACUCCAGAGCAGCUUAACCAAAUCUUGGCUGAAGAUGAGUAAUACAAUAUGCAGAAUAGAGCAGUCCUUUGCUUUAAAUGCAAGAGAUACGGGCAUUAUGCGAAUGUUUGUCCAACUAGAUCACAAAAUAAUCAAGCUGUAGAUGCGAUCGGCUAACUAUUCCCCAAUCUUAAUUUUGAUACUGGUACAACAAGCACAGCAAAUAUAGGAGCUGCUACAACAAAUAUUUUUGGAAUACAAGGAACUAACGAUCAAGCUCCAUCUGGUUAUGCUGAUCAGAACAUAAGCCAGCUAGAUCACUAAAAUGAGGCAAUGAAUAGUGCUGGUGGUGAUCCGAAUGACAUUACUUAAAAUUUGAGAAAUAUUUAAAGGAUGCUCGAUGGUCAAGGAGGUGUAGGAGCUGGAAGCAGUCAAGACAAUUAGAUGGUGAGAGUAACAAGUGUCUCACUAUAAGAAUUGCCUUUAACUUUUGAACAAAUUAAUAUGGCAAUAAACAACUGCGCAAUGGUCAUUUAACAAGAGGGAUUUAUGAGCAUGUAAUGA